AACCCAGGGGCUUCUUCUCAACGCACUCAAUCCCUCUAAGCUAUACCAUCCUUCUUAUAUAAUUUGCGAAUCUCCAUCUCCGUAGCCACUUCCUACAAAAGCUCCCAAAAUACAAAACGGAAACAAAACAUCUGAAUCUAGCGCCAGACAAAAACGAUGCGAAUGAGCUGUAAUGGAUGCAGAGUCCUGCGAAAAGGGUGUAGUGAGGAUUGUAGCAUAAGACCGUGUUUGGCUUGGAUCAAAACGCCCGAAGCGCAAGCAAACGCAACCGUGUUUCUCGCCAAGUUCUAUGGCCGUGCUGGACUCAUGAACCUCAUCAACGCCGGUCCCGAUCAUCUUCGUCCUGGGAUUUUCCGAUCGUUGUUGCACGAAGCUUGUGGGAGGAUUGUGAAUCCGAUCUAUGGUUCAGUGGGUUUGUUAUGGUCGGGAAAUUGGCAGCUUUGUCAAGCCGCCGUGGAGGCGGUGAUGAAAGGUGAACCGAUCACAGAGAUUGCCACAGAUGCGGCGACCAACGGCCAGGGUCCGCCGCUGAAGAUGUACGAUAUCCGACAUAAUUCUAAAGAUGAGAACUCCGCCGCUGCUGCAGCAGCUACGGGUUCAACCGAUCUGAAACGGGCGAAAACUCGCCGGACUAAGCGAGUCGCUGCCCUCGCUAAACGGGCAGAAUCGGAGGGGAAAUCCGGCGGCGAAGAGGCAAGUCACGAGUCGUCGUUGAGUCACCAGUCUGAAAUUGUGGCUGCUUAUGAAGGAGAGAGCAAAGAAUCGGAAAGCAAUGUCUCGGAGGUCAUGACAUUGUCGCCGCCGGCUGUGCAGGGCUCCGCCGGGGAGAUUAAGCUUGACCUAACUUUAGGGCUCGAGCCGGUGUCACGUGCGUAUCACGUGGUACCUGUUAAGAAGAGAAAGAUUGGCGUGUUUGGCACGUGUCAGGAGGAGAGCCCGUGUAAGACUGAGCUUAUGCUCUAAGCUGAAGCUCCAUUAUACUAGAAGUUUUGCCCGCAUCGGCUCCAUUCGUUUCGGUUUUAUGCCAUUGAGCCAAGCCGCAUCAUUUAACCGAGCCGAUAACUUUUAUUUUAUUUUUUUCUCUCUAUUUACCGUCUAUAGAUUUGCUUGCACUUACCCUGGUGAUCAGUUAAAGCAUGUACAAACUUAUUUACAGAGAUAAUUUCAAGAUUGGAUAAGAGUUCAUUA